AUGUCGGAUUCAGAGGUCUCCGACUUCCGCUAUGACGACAGCGACUCGGACGCUUUCGUCGAUCCAGUAAAGCCAACAAAAAAGGCCCCAGUAAAGAAGGCAGCUCCCAAGCUAGCUGCCAAGCCUGCGGCAAAAAAGGCAACCGCAAAGAAGCCGCUGGCCACCAAGCGCAACCUGCCAAACGAGUCCAUAUCCGAAGAUGACUUUAGCAUGGACGACACCCCAGCCAAGCCCAGGGCCGCCGUCGAGGAUGACGAGGACGACGUUCAGCCAAAAGGGCCAGCCAAGUCUGCCAGUGAGAUGUACCAGAAGCUCUCGCAACUGGAGCACGUCCUGAAGCGUCCCGACACGUAUAUCGGCUCGGUCGAGCCCAUCAGCCAGGACAUGUGGGUCGUCGACCCCGAGACAAAGCAGAUGGUCAACCGCUCCAUUACCUACGUACCCGGAUUCUUCAAGAUCUUUGAUGAGAUUCUUGUCAACGCUGCGGACAACAAGAUCAACGACCCAUCAAUGGACUCAAUCAAGGUCGAGAUCAACCGCGAGAAGAACCAGAUCUCCGUGUGGAACAACGGCAAGGGUAUCCCGGUUGAGAUGCACUCCAAGGAGAAGAUGAUGAUUCCCGAGCUUAUCUUUGGCAACCUCCUCACUUCCAGCAACUACGACGAUGACCAGAAGAAGCUCACUGGUGGUCGUAACGGUUAUGGUGCCAAGCUCGCCAACAUCUACUCCACCGAGUUCAUUGUCGAGACGGCCGAUAAGAUCAACGCCAAGAAGUACAAGCAGGUCUUCUCCAAGAACAUGACCAGCAAGUCAACACCGAAGAUCACCGAGAACAAGAAGGGCGAGGAGUACACCAAGAUCACAUUCACUCCUGAGCUCACGCGAUUCCACAUGUCAGAGAUUGAUGACGACACCAACGCCCUCCUCAUGAAGCGCGUUUACGAUGUGGCUGGCACGGUAAAGGACCUCAAAGUCUUCCUCAACGGGGAACGUCUCACCAAGAUCAAGGGCUUCAAGCAGUAUGUCGAAAUGUACGUGCAAUCCAAUCAGUCGGCCAACGGUGCGGAUGGUGUGGCUCAGCCGAAGCCGACUGUCGUCUACGAAGCUGCAGGAAAGCGAUGGGAGGUGGCAUUCGCUGUCUCCGACGGCGAGUUUAAGCAGGUUUCUUUCUGCAACGCCAUCUCGACUAUCAAGGGAGGAACCCACGUCGACAUGAUUGCAACGCAGCUUGCCAACAAACUCCUCGCGGUGAUCAAGAAGAAGAGCAAGAACACCGCGAUCAAGCCAUUCCAGAUUAAGAGCCACAUGUGGAUCUUCGUAAACGCCCUGAUCGAGAACCCAGCUUUCGACUCGCAGACAAAGGAGACUCUCACUCUUAAGAGCUCCGCCUUCGGCAGCAAGUGCGAACUUUCUGAGGACUUUGUGAAGAAAGUCGCCAAGACUGGCAUCAUCGACAAUGUCCUCAGCUACGCACGUUUCAAGCAGGACCAGCAGCUGAAAAAGACAGACGGCGUGAAGCGUUCUCGCGUCGGUGGCAUCGCCAAGCUCGAAGAUGCCAACUGGGCCGGAGGUCGCAACGCCAAGCAGUGCACUCUCAUUCUCACUGAAGGUGACUCCGCCAAGGCCCUUGCAGUGUCCGGUCUCGGUGCUAUUGGAGGACGUGACAACUUCGGUGUUUUUCCUCUGCGCGGCAAGCUACUUAACGUUCGUGAGGCCAGCCAUGACCAGAUCAUGAAGAAUGUCGAGAUCCAGAACAUCAAGCAGAUUCUGGGAUUGAAGCACAACCACAACUACACUUCGGUCGAUAGCCUUCGUUACGGCCAGCUCAUGAUCAUGACUGACCAAGACCACGACGGUUCGCACAUCAAGGGCCUCAUCAUCAAUUUCCUUGACUACUUCUAUCCGUCACUCCUCAAAAUCCCUGACUUCCUCGUCGAGUUCAUCACACCUAUCGUCAAGGUCUGGAAGGGCAAGCAGGAGCACACGUUCUACACCAUGCCCCAGUACGAGGAAUGGAAGGCGGCCAACAACGACGGACGCGGGUGGGAGUCCAAAUAUUACAAGGGUUUGGGUACCAGCAAGGCCCAGGACGCUGUCAAGUACUUUAGUGACCUCGGGAGGCAUCGUCUGGCUUUCAAUGCCAUGGAAAUCGACGACAAGGCCCUUAUCGACAUGGCGUUUAACAAAAAGAAGGCCGACGAUCGUAAGGAGUGGCUGCGUCAGUUCAAGCCAGGCACUUUCCUUGACCACGACAUCAAGCAGAUCCCCAUCUCAGACUUUGUCAACAAGGAGCUCAUCCUAUUCUCGAUGGCCGAUAACGUACGUUCGAUUCCAUCGGUUGCGGACGGCCUCAAGCCUGGACAACGCAAGGUCAUGUUUGGCUGCUUUAAGCGCAACCUGAAGAAGGAGAUCAAGGUUGCCCAGCUCGGUGGUUACAUCGGCGAGAACUCUGCGUACCACCACGGCGAACAGAGUCUAACUGCUACCAUUGUCGGCCUCGCGCAGAACUUUGUCGGUAGCAACAACAUCAACCUCCUCGAGCCCAACGGUCAAUUUGGUACCCGCAUGCAGGGUGGAAAGGAUGCGGCGAGCGCUCGUUACAUCUUCACCAACACCUCUGCCAUGACACGAGCGGUGUUCCACCCCGCCGACGACCCGCUGCUCAACUACCUAGUGGAGGACGGCCAGCGCAUCGAGCCUGAGUAUUAUCUGCCAACCGUUCCUCUGAUCCUCAUCAACGGUGCGGACGGUAUUGGUACAGGCUGGAGCACCCAGAUCCCCAACUUCAACCCUGUGGACGUCGUCGACAACCUUCGCCGCCUGAUGCGGGGAGAGGAGCUCGUGCCGAUGACGCCUUGGUUCCGUGGCUUCAAGGGCACCAUUGAGCGUGUCGACAACGACCGCUACAAGGUCAGCGGUAUUGCAGAGAAGAUCGAUGAUACAACAAUCGAGAUCACCGAGUUGCCCGUGCGGAAGUGGACGCAGGACUUCAAGGAGAUGGUCGAGGCGAUGACGAGCGGUUCCGACAAAAUCCCGUCCACCAUCAAGGAUUACGAGGAGCACCACACGGACACCACCGUGCACUUUAAGCUUCACAUGAAGCCGGAGGGUAUGAAGGCUGCCGAGGCCGAGGGCUUCGACAACCGUUUCAAGCUCACAACCGCCCUGGCCACCAGCAACAUGGUCUGCUUCGACCUCAACGGCAAGAUCAAGAAGUACACGUCACCCGAGGAGAUUCUCCAGGACUUCUACCCCAAGCGCCUUGAGUACUAUGGGUUACGCAAACAGUAUCUCGCGGACGAGCUCAACAAGCAGUUCGAGCGUCUGUCCAACCAGGCCCGCUUUGUCACGAUGAUCAUCAAGAAGGAGAUCGUUGUGUCGAACAAGAAGAAGUCGAUCAUCGUCCAAGAGCUGCGCGACCUCAAGUUCCGACCCUUCCCCAAGAACGGUACCAAGCCCUUAGAUGCUGGCGAGAAGGAGGAUGUGCUCGAGGAGGAGGAAGACCAGGGUAAAGACAACGACUACGACUAUCUGCUCGGCAUGGCCAUCUGGAGCCUUACCCAGGAGAAGGUCAAGAAGCUCCUGGCUGAGCGCGACGGAAAGGAGCAGGAACUCAUCGACCUCCUCAAGCUCUCUCCUCAGGACAUCUGGAACCAUGACCUGGACGCGUUCAUCCAGGAGUGGGAGAACUCUCUCUCUGCGGACCUGGCGCUUGCACAGAAGACCAAGCCCAAGACCAAGGCGCAGGCCAAGAAGGCCGCCACGGCUCGCAAGCGCGCCAAGGGUGAGGAGACAGACGACUCCGAGGACGACUUCAAGCCGAUCAAGGCAGCUCCCAAGCCUCGUGCGCCCGCGAAGCCACGGGCUCCCAAGGGUACGGCCUCGUUCUCGACCUCUGCUGCGGCUUCGGCGUCGGCGUCGGCCACAGUGUCCAGAACGGCAUCACCCUUAAAGCGAGGCAGCGCUGUCCUCUCGGGCAGCGAGGAGGAUAUCAAACCGGUUACGAAGAAGGCAGCGUUGCCCCGAGCUCGCUCCAAACCUGUCAUCGUGGAUAUUGGGGAUUCGGACAUUGAGAUGGACUCGGCGCCAACGUCGAAGUCGGUGUCUAGGGCGUCAUCCCGUGCUUCUACCGCCAAGCUGGCCUCCUCAAGCAAAGCGACGACCGUCCUGGAGGACUCUGACGACGAGGUGCUUGUGAAGCCGAAGCCCAGAGCCAAGGCCGCGGCCAAUGGGAAGGUUGCAGCCAAGAAGCCCAUCACCGUGGACUCGGACAGUGACGCCGUUAUGGAGCCUGCUCCCAAACCGGCUCCCAAGGCCGCUCCAAAGAAGAAGGCGUCCAAGGUGGAGGACUCGGACAGCGAAGUCGAGGUCAAGCCGAAGAUCAAACCCGCACCUAAGAAGACGCCGGCCAAGGGCAAGCCCAAGAAGAACGGCUCGGACUUUGAGGAGGAUUCUGAUGACUAUACCCCUCCAGUCCGGACCACGACUGCUCGCGCUGGGAGAGCAGCGACGAAGAAGAAGCCGACUUAUGUCGACUUAUCCGACCUGGACAGUGACGACUAG